UCCAGACUGCAGCAUGCUGUCUGCGGGACGGGGACUGCAGCUGGGGCAAACCCACGGGGGAGCCCGUACAACCCCCUGGACCAGCACCUUUAUCUCUUGGAAGGAGAGCUGGUUCCUCCUCAUCUCCUUCUUCAUCUUCGUACCUCAAGGGACAGCGUGGCCCCAUGAAUACAGGUAUUUGUACAACCACUGCCCCGGCCCAGAGUGGAACGUUAUGUGCAGAAGCUGCUGCGAGUAUGAUGUGAUCCGCUGUAAAUGCCCCCUACAGGGGACUCCGGUGGGCUAUGCGGUGCCGUGCUGCCGCAACGCCAUCAAUGAGUGUGACCCUUGCAUCAUCCACCCAGGUUGCAGUAUAUUUGAGAACUGUAAGCGCUGUAACAAUGGGACAUGGGGCCCUAGGGAUGACUUCUUCCUUACUGGCAAAUACUGCGCUGAGUGUCGGCCUGGCUGGUCUGGUGGAGAUUGCAUGAAGUGUGGGGGGUUGAUCCGUAAACGGCAGGGCCACUUGGUGCUCGAGAGCUACCCCAACAAUGCUCGGUGUGAGUGGACCAUCCAGGUGGACCGUCCCUUUACUAUAGAGCUCAGGUUCAUGAUGCUGAGUCUGGAGUUUCACCAUUCUUGUCGUUAUGACUACGUUGAGGUUCGCGACGGUGACAGCAUCAACUCGCGUGUCAUCGCUCGAUUCUGUGGGACCAACAGACCUGUCCCGGUUCACAGCUCUGGCAACAGUCUGCACAUACUCUUUGUGUCGGACGGUUACAAGAAUUUUGAUGGAUUCUUCGCAACUUUCCAGGAGAGCUCAGCUUGCAGCUCUUCACCUUGCCUGCAUGAUGGGACUUGUAUCCUGGACAGUUCGUACACUUACCACUGUGCCUGUCUGUCUGGCUACACAGGCAAGAGGUGUGAAAAUGUGGUAGGCUGCCACAGGCCUCCAGUUCCCACCCAUGGAUCCACAGAGGGUUUGUUUCAUCACUCGGGGGCACGCAUCACUUUCCGUUGUGACCCUGGCUUUGAGCUGCGGGGGUUUCGCACUGCCAUCUGCCUGAGAGAUGGCACCUGGAGUGCGCAUGCCCCAGAGUGUGUGCACGUGGAAAGAGUCUGUUCUUUACCUCCCAAGCCCCCCCACGGGGACCACUUCUUGGUUUAUGGACCCAAUGAUGUCCUCAUUGCUCUACAGUACCUGUGCUACCAGCCCCAUGAACUCAGUGGGAGCUCCCAGAGAGCCUGCCUCCCCAACAACACCUGGAGUGGGACUUCUCCUAUUUGCACCCAAGUUAAUAACACUCUCACUGAAGCGGAAAAGGACAAGGACAAGGCAAAAGAGACAGGAAAAGGACAAGAAACAGAUAGUGACAAAGAUAUCAGCAAAACUAAAGAGAAAGGUCAAGAGAACACAACUGGGGAAAUAGAAAGUGUUGGAGGGAGAGAUAUAAACACUGGGCACGAGAAUGCAACAGCAGUCGACAGAGAAGAUAAAUACACUGGUACCGUUCCAGAGAAAACUGUGUCUGAGGGUAGGAAUGAAGGAGAGCUGGAGGAAAGAAGUACUGGAGGCAGCAAAGAUAAAGUAGAUAGUGAAGGCCCAGACAACAGUCUGAAUACAGUUGAAAAGAAAGAACCUGAGGUAGGAAAGCCACAGGAGAAAAAAGAAAGCAGCCCAGAAACAAACUUGGAGUUAGAAAAGACAGACAUAACAGAGAUAAUUGGGAUAAAAGACAAAGGGCAAGAAGAAAAGGCAAAAAAAGAGGAGCAGGUGAAUGGAAAAAGAGAUCAGGACAAAGUCGGCCCUAAUGAUACGAAGAUGAGGACGGUCAUAGCUGAGGGUGAAAACACAGUGGAGGUAAUUGAACUGGAAAUGGCAAAGAACAACACAGUUCUAAGAGAUACAAAGGACACAAAGAAAGACAAUAAUACCCUAGUGUCUCCAGAGAAAGAUUCUGCUGAGAAAACAAAAGAGGAGUUAGAGAGGGAAGAGAACGAAAAAGAAAAGGAGAAAGAGAAAGAAGUCAACCAAAGCUUCGCCGAGAAAAGCUGCCCUCCUCUCCCUCGCCUCUACCACGGCUACUACCAGCUGGUGCCCGGGAUGGAGACUGAAACAAUGGAGUUCUUCUGUAACCACUCCUAUGCUCUCAGUGGUAAUGCCCGACGUACCUGCCAGCCAGAUGGGACCUGGAGCGGCACACACCCUCUCUGUGUCAGAGCAUGUCGGGAGCCCAAAGUGUCAGAGCUGGUUAGACAAAAGGUUCUGCCACCUCAGACAACAUCCAGAAAGACACCCGUGCACAAGCUCUACUCUUCUGGGCUGAGCAGACUGCGGCAGUCUGACGGCCCCACUAAAGGCCCUCCCGUGCUCUCCCAGUUGCCCCCGGGCUUUCAACACCUUUACUCACAUAUAGAGUACGAGUGUGCCUCUCCCUUCUACCACCACUCUGGCAGUUCUCGCCGCACUUGCUUAAAGACUGGGAAGUGGAGCGGGCGUCAUGUGUCAUGUUCGCCAGUGUGUGGGAAGCAUCCCACCUUUGACCCAGAGAGGCCGGCAGAGGCUCACUGGCCUUGGCUGGCAGCCAUCUACCGCCGCUCCACCAACGGAGCUGAGACCAAGGUGACCAAGGCAGACAGCCAGGCAGGGUCCCUGAAGGGGAACGUUGGAGCAGGAACUGGCAGCCACAGUCAGGCUUCUGACUGGCAGCUGGUGUGCAGUGGGGCUCUGGUGAACCAAAAGAGGGUGGUGGUUGCAGCCCACUGUGUGACAGAGCUGGGGAAGGUGUAUCCUCUGGAUGCUACCAAGAUCAAGGUGGUGGUAGGGAAGCAGUACCGUGACGACCGCAGGGAAAGUAAAGGUCUUCAACACCUGAGGGUGGCCUCUAUAGCUGUUCAUCCAAACUACGACCCCAAUAUUCUCGACUCUGACAUGGCUGUGGUCAAGUUACUGGACAAAGCAAGGAUCGGGGAGACGGUCCUUCCCCUCUGCCUCUUAGACAGCCAAGGAGAAGAGGCGACCACUGAGCAAGGGCUUGUGACAGGCUGGUCUCCACUGCCUGAUUCAAGUUUAGGUCCUGAAGAGAAGGCAAGGGUUGGGCUCGUUCACCUUGCCGACGUAGUCCCCUGUGAGCAGCAGUAUGCUCAUAACGGCCUGCCAGUCGGCGUCACAGACAAUAUGCUCUGUGCCAGCCAGAAGCCUGACUAUGAACCCUCUAACAUAUGUCCCUCUGACAUGGGGGGAAUCCUUGUCCUCCCCGCCCUCUCCGAGAAUCAAGCCAGCAACAAGCAGAAGCCCUUUCUCAGCACACAGGUUCAGGGGGAGAGCAAAGGGCUGUGGAGACUCCUGGGACUAGUGAGCUUCGGCUAUGACCAAGGGGAGUGUGAUCCUGACCUCUACACGGUCUACACACAUGUAGCCAACUUCAAAGACUGGAUAGAGAGCAAUAUGAAAUGAAAAUCCUACUGUCUGAUUCCCCUUGUCCCCUCUAUGCUUCUAAGAUAUUUAAAAUGGCUUCAUAUCUUACACUUAUGUUCGUCCGUUUUUCACUCGAUUCAUCUUUUUUUUUCCUGCAUAAGGGCAUUUUCUUAUUCAAUGCAGAAGCACUGGAAACACUGGACAAUACAGUGCUCUAACUGAAGGGGGUGCUAACACAUUAGAUUAAGAUUUAAGAAUCAGGAGGGAUGAAACCCUCUUUUUUAAUGGUCACACAUGCAGAGCACACAGCACACACAGUAAAAUUUGUUCUCUGCUUUUAACCCAUCCUAGUACCAGGAGUCUAGUACUAGGAGCAG